AUGUCCGCCUACUUCUACAACCAGCAGCACCACGGUGCCCACAUGCAAUCCGCAAACCACGGCCGCUCUCGUCGUGCCCCAAAGAUGGCCUCUCAGAACGCUCGUCAGUUCCGAGGAGUCAAGUCCAUGCGGGAAUUGGCGGAAGCACCGGCAGUGACCGCGUUCAGGGCAAGAUUCGAGGCCGGUCGCUCCUUUGAUCUGGAUGACGACCUCGAAUUCUGCCCCGGUCUCCUGACCGAGGAUGAUCUUCACUCCAUUCACUCCGCCUCCGACCGCUCUUCCCUCUCCAGUGGCUCGCCGGACACGUCGCCUCUGCAGCACCAGAUUCAACCGGUGCAGCAGGUGACGCCGUCCAUCUCUUUGUCUCCCGCUCAAACCAACUCAUACGUUCACCCUGGUGUUGCCGGCAACCCUAAUCAUGUCAACUACCAGCAGCAGCAGCCUGCAAACCGGACUCGCAAAGUCAUCCCCAUCGUCAACCCAUCCACCGGAAUGACGAUGACCAGCCCGCCCUCAUCGAUCUCCCCCGCGAUGAUGCAGACUGCUCAACGCCGAUGGUAA